GCGGGGCCGGCGCGACGCGGGUUUGGCACGAUGGUGAGGGUCGCGACGGUGCGGGUGUCGCUGGUGCGGGUCUCGCUGCGGGCUCUGGUGCUGUGGCUGUGCGCGCUGCGGGCCGGCUGCACCGAGCUGACUCUGGAGUUGCCCGACAGCGCUCGGCGCUGCUUCCACCAGGAGCUGGAGCGCGGCGUCAAGUUCACGCUGGACUACCAGGUGAUCAGUGGGGGACACUACGACGUGGACUGCUACGUGGAGGACCCCAAUGGCCAGACCAUCUACAAGGAGACCAAGAAGCAGUACGACAGCUUCCCACACCGCACUGAAGUUGAGGGCAUCUACACCUUCUGCUUCAGCAACGAGUUCUCCACCUUCUCCCACAAAACUGUCUACUUCGACUUCCAGGUGGGCGACGAGCCCCCCAUCCUGCCCGACAUGAGCAACCGCGUCACUGCCCUGACACAGAUGGAGUCUGCCUGUGUCACCAUCCACGAGGCUCUGAACACAGUGAUCGACUCCCAGACUCACUACCGACUGCGGGAAGCGCAGGACCGGAGCAGAGCCGAGGACCUCAACGGCCGGGUCUCCUACUGGUCUCUGGGAGAAACCCUCAUCCUCUUCGUGGUCAGCAUCGGGCAAGUGAUGCUGCUCAAGAGCUUCUUCACUGAGAAGAGACCCAGCAGUGCAGCUGCCACCUAGAGCCCCUCUGUGCCAGGGGGGGCCAGGCAGGAGGACAUCUCGGGGUUCACGGCUCCCUCUGGUUUGCACAAGGAGCAGGGGGGGAUGUGACACUGCUGAGCCGGACAGAAAAUGGUCACCAAGCAGGGGCAUCCCCAGCCAAUCCCCUCCACAUCACCCCCAGCUUUGCCUUCACUCACUGCACCUCCCUGCCCCCUCACCUGGCUGUUCUGUACCCACUUUCCAGCCCCCUGGGAAGCAGGUGGGCAGCUGGGGUCAGCUCCACACCCCAGACCCUCUGCUGCACCCUCAGCCUGGCAUACAGGGAGGCUGGUGAGAGGACAGGUGAUGUGGAUCCCCCAGCACCCACCUGCCUGCCCUGAUGUGGGGCAGAGCUGCCCAGUGCCUGUGGGCAGGGCAGGGGGCAGCAUGGUUCCCACUUUGCCCAGGCUGGCAGCAGCGUCCCGGGAGCUGCUGACACAAAAACAGGGGUGAGGUUUCAGCAGGGGCUUUUUUGCUCAGUGUUUCCCUUUGCUUUGCCAGCCCCUAUCCUCACAGUGAAGCAUUUCCCCGGUGCUUGACCCCCACAGGAGCAGGCAGCAUGCCCUGUACAAGGUGGUAUUCUCAUACUUACACAAGUCCCUGCCCAAGGUUUAUGUCCCCCCCGCCAUGUCCUGCCAUGCCCAGCAGACCACGGGGGUGGGCACAGCUCUGCCCCAGCCCUGCUGAGGAAGCCCCAUCCCCACCCUGGCAGCAGCAAAGGUGCUCCCUUUCCCUGGGACCACCAAGCAGAGACCCCCUCAAAAGCCCUUGGGAGACCACCCUGUGCAAGAGCCCAACAGCCCUGGGGUGGGCACGGGACCCCUCCUCCAGAGCCUGUUCUUACUUUGCCACUUGGUAAUAAACCCCUGUGACCGUGG